AGCAACUCCCGUCCUCCAUCUGCCUCCUCUCCUCUCCAAAAUGGCCGAAUACGACCUCACGAGAACGAUCAUCCCCUACUGCGACCGCCAUCUGGUCUUCCCCCUCCUUGCCCAUCUUGCCGAGAGCGAUCUUUUCCCCGUCGAGCAAGUACAGGCCGCUCAGUAUGAACUCGCCAAGGAGACCAACAUGGUGGACUAUGCCGUCAGCUUGUUUGAGCAGACGCAUCCCGAUGAGCCUAUCCCUUCAGAGUUCGCCGAGAAGCGGGAAAAGGCCGUCUCCACCAACGAGCAGCUACAGCAGGAGGCCCAGGCUGUAUUAGAUGUGAUCGAGAACCCCGAGGUCGCUCAAGCCCUCCGUCAAGACAAGAACCAAAACUUGCAGUUCCUGCGAGACCAUUACAAUGUCACGCUCGAUCAAAUCACCGCUCUAUACAACUUCGGCAAGUUCCAAUACUCCUAUGGUAAUUACAGUGGUGCCGCCGAUUACCUCUAUCACUUCCGUGUCCUCUCCACCGACCCCGACCUCACUAUUUCCGCCCAUUGGGGUAAGCUCGCGUGCGACAUCCUUACUGGUAAGUGGGACGUUGCACUUGAAGAGCUCAACUCCCUUCGCGAUGCUAUCGACUCGCGUGCCCCUUCCCAUCCCCAAUUUGCUACUCCUUCAUCUGGCGCCGCCGAUCCCGCUCUCGCGCAACUCCACUCUCGCACCUGGCUCCUCCACUGGUCCCUCUUCGUCUAUUUCAACCACCCCCAGGGUCGCACCCUACUCCUCGAGACCUUCUUGGCCCCUACCUACCUGAACACCAUCCAGACCUCUUCACCAUGGAUCCUCCGGUAUCUUGCGACGGCCGCCGUCCUUUCGCGCAAGUCCGCGUCUGGGGCGCUUUCGUCGCGCGUUCGUCACUCGAUUCGCGAGAUUGUCAAGGUUAUCCAGAUGGAAGAAUAUCAGUACCAAGAUCCUGUCACGCAGUUCCUCAAGGAACUGUACGUGGAGUUUGACUUCGAAGCCGCGCAGAAGGAGCUCAGCAAAGCCGAAGUCGUCGUUUCAAAUGACUUCUUCUUGGGCGAAUUCCGGGAAGAUUUCAUGGACAACGCGCGGUAUCUCAUCAGCGAGGCGUAUUGUCGUAUACACGAGCGCAUAGACAUCGGUGACCUCUCCGAACGUCUUAACCUCUCGCGCGAUGAAGGCGAGAAAUGGAUUGUGAACCUUAUCCGCGAAACGCGUAUGGGUGCGGAUGCCAAGAUCGACCUUGAGAAGAACGUUAUCGAGAUUCAUCGCCCACCUCUUCCAAUCUACCAAUCUAUCAUCGAGAAGACGCGUGGACUCGCCUUCCGCACGCAAGCUCUCGGCGCAGCGAUGUCGCGGACACAGCAGCCACUAGGUGCACCAGACGCUGCGCAGCCAACAGUCGUCGAGGCACAGUGACAGUGAACGCUCAUUCCUUGUGAGGGUAUGAUAUGGUGCGCAGGCAAUAUCUCUUGAGACUUGUAUUGUAGCCUAUACCAUCUGUAUCGGCCACAUUCUGUCAAGCACGCUUUCGUUGUAGCAGUAUACAUCCGUCGUUUGUCUUUUUCGCUGACGAUGACUUCGAGGCCGCAUCACAGGCCAGCACUACGUGUUCCUUGGCCAAGACACUCUACCAAUCGUUAAUCCUC